GUCAAACAGUGAAUUUUGCGUAUGUGUCAUCAUCAAAGGAGUAGAAAUUUCGCUGAAAGAAAAUCAAUCGACGUUUUCCACCAAAUUGUAAUAAACGUCUAGUAAACGGUGAAAAUAACUACGCAAUUUAUUCCGUUCUGUAACGAAAACAUCUUCCCUCCAAUCGUGAAAUCAGUUGGACUUCCAAACAAUUAUCCCACCUGUUCAAUGCCAGGAUAUUGAUAGGAAAAUUUUCUAUCCUAGAGCCGUUCGUGUUUUUUGUUAGGCGAAAAUGUUUAUUCCUGUUGAAACAUAAAUAUGAACUGCUUAAAUUCAGAAAAUAUGGAAAGACGACAAUGUCCGUGUGUACGGCGUAUUGAUUAAAGUGUGAAAAAGCAGUAACCGAUUUCCAGUCGAUAUUGAGGCGCUCCCUUGCCAAUAGUUGGUUGGGUGGGUGGAGACCCUCAUCUCCCUUCCUACGUACUCAGUUGCAUCUGUGCUGUGCUGCAGGCGACAGGCAUCUUUCCACACAAACGGAGAAAAUUGAACAAAGAGAAGGGUGAACAGUGCUAAUCAGUUUUGAUUUAGUUUUUUUUUAUUUCCAUUCAAACUGUCUGGUGGGAUAUGGCAUCGGAAAAAAUGUCCGAUAAAUGUUCCCACAGUAACACUGACAAAUGGCUAUAUUUGAAAGACGGCUUCAGCAGAAGGUCGUCCUAGAUGAUACAGAGGCAAUCCAGUGCACUAUCGAAACCGCGCAAACUAUCGACGGGCAUACGGAAUAUGUAUUAAAAGUUCAGCGUGGACCAUAUCCCGAAAACUGCUGGCGCAUCUUGAGACGAUACAAUGAUUUUUCUUCGCUUAAUAAAAGUUUGCAAAUAUCAGGGAUCGAUUUGCCGUUUCCCGGAAAGAAGUUUAUUGGUAACAUGCGCCCUGAGUUCAUAGCUGAGCGGUUGUUUGCGUUACAAGAAUAUAUAAAUCAAGUACUAAUGAAUCCAAUUUUGGCAUCAUCACUUCCAACCAAAAAGUUUAUUGAUCCGGACAGCUACUCAACUCCGUUCCACGACCUUGCACUCCAGUAUGCAUCGAUGUGUCUCCGAGCCGAGGGCGUCUUCACGCUGGGACAAUCCCUCGGUCCGAUUGGUUGGCGUUUACGGAAGCAUUACUUUAGAGUGGUUCACAAGCCACAGGGUAACAAAAACUCUCCCGGGAACUCGACCACAAAGCAUCACUUGAUAAAGUCAAGUUCGCAGUCACACGGCAAGCAGCACACAACGCAGAUAUGCGUCACGACCUCGACGGAGAAGGAUUACAACAAUUCGAAGGAAGGUAGCGGCAAAGACGACUUGAUCCUAUGCUGGACCGAGUUUGGACCAGAUAGGUACAUCGACGAAAAAGAGAUACAUAAUGUGCUGAAGAACUUUGGUGGUGUGCAGCAUCCGUAUAUCGUUCCGAUCGAGUAUAUUGCAUCGAAUGACAAUGGAGCGCUAGUGAUUCGCAAGUUUUACAAGCAGGGUAGUUUAAAGGACGUUUUGUGUGCAGCAUCUCCGUGCAAUCCAUUUCUGUCGAAAUAUGGCAGUCCGAAGGGCCGAGCUCCCUUGCCUCUGAAAGAGCUGGCACUCUACGCACGGCAAAUUCUGGAAGCAAUCCGAUUUUUGCACUCCAAAGGCAUGGCAUGCGGUCAUGUCCACUGUGGCAAUGUGCUGAUUGUAGACGGGGCCGCUAGGUUGAUGGACGCAGAGAAUUUUAUCUUUGGAGUUCCCUCAUUUUACAGGCCGUUUUUUGUGCAGCACAGUAAGAUUAACACUUGUGAAGCUAUCGAUGUGUACGGGUUUGGACAUUUGCUGUACGAGAUGUGUAUGGGCUAUCCUUUGCAGGAUUCUUACGCUCGCCAAAUCAUUGAGUGUCCCGAUAGUUUGAGAGGGCUGUUGGAAUCGAUUCUUUCGAAGGACGCCUGCAAAUCGACUUUACCAACGUUAGAUCAGCUAGCGGCGCAUCCAUUUUUCAGUGAGUAUGCAGCGUGCUUCAAUGAUCAGUACGCGAUGGCAGUCGUUGCCCAGAAGCCACAUCUGAAAUUUUCAUCAAAUGCCAAAGAACAGCUGAAGGUAGCGUUACAGAAGACUGAAAAUCGUGUUCGCGAUGAGCAGAAAUCGGUAAAGAACCAGAAACGUCUAGUCAGAGUGCAGGAGAUGAUGACCUCCGAGGAGGAGAAGAAGAAAAUCAAGCACAAAGCGAAACAGGAACAUCGGCAAGCAAAACUACGCGCCCAGAACUCACUACAGCUGAACAACGGUCCACCACAAAUGAUCAGUACCGGUUCUGGAUCGACGGGUGCCGUAAUGGUCAAAUCGGACAGCGCAACUAGUAUUACCUCACCGAACGAGGCGGCACUGAUGUCGCCUCCACCGCACGCAACCGACAGUGGGGGCAGUGGUUCAUCUCCGUUGCCACCGCAACCGUCGGCUCCACCGAUGUUUGGUCAGCCCAUUGCAGGACCAAGUUGCUCCAGUAGUGGCACUAGGCUACCAUUCAAGUCAAUUUCGGGUGAGGACGGCUCUAGCGAAAAUCGUAGCGCUCUGCUGGAAUCGAUCUGCAAUUUCAACAAGAACGGUCUAAAAAGAAUUAACAUCAACGAGAACUGAGAUGAGACACUCGACGCUGCGUUUUCAGUUCACGACGACGAUCGGUCGAUUCAAUCAAAACCACAGUAGAUUUGACCAUUUGCCUAUUGGAAACCCGUCGAACUAACACAUGAGCAAAUAUGCGAACGCAAAGUAUCAAACAAAUGGAAGUGUUUUGGACCAAUUUAUUCAUACUCUAGACACAUUUUUUAGGAAACUUGAAGCUAACAUAACUCUAGUAGAUAUCGAAGAAUUCAACUGGAAUUUAUUAUCGUCCGUACGGCAGACUGUAGUGGCAUUCUUGGUGGACCUAGCAGUAGAAAUGGUACGAUCUAAAGAAAUUAAACGUAGAUGCAUUAUUGCACUUCAGCUAGACUGUCGCGAAACACAGAAUUUGGCAGGCAACAAAGCUGCUCUCCGCUGGCAACGACGGUAUAGUAUUCAAUAUUUUUUCUUUAAUCCUAUUGAUGCUUUUUUCUGUUUUUGUAUCGAUUAAUAUUUUUUUCAUUAUUUUGACCAUACGAGUCAAUAAAUAAAUUGAACUAAAUCAAUGAGUUAUUAGCUUCCGGUUAUCAAAUAUAUUUGUUAUCUGUUUUUGAAAUUCGGAGAGCUCUUGAAUGUAGAAUAAAAUGCUUUUUAUGUCCGAGCUGUGCCGAUAAAAAUGGAUCUGCUAGGAGGAGGUUUUGCAUUCUUUCCUAAUUGAAGUGGUUAACCUUUUUUGCUAUAUCAAUUUAAAAAUAGGAUUCUACACGAUGGUUCAUCUAUAAACGCUAACUGACAAUUGAUUAGAAUGCAUUGGCCAAUGCUGGAGCCUGAGUUAUUUUUUCAAUUGCCGUUUUUUGUGUUCUGUUGAAGACAUUUUUAUUGUUUUAGUUAGAAGCGGCCAAAUGGAAGUGAUCCUAGGAAUGAAAUUUUGUUUGAAAACUCUUGAAUAUUAAUAGUGUAUUAUAUAUUCAAUAUGUGUCCUUUAUCAAAUAAGCUGAACUACUGACAAAACUUUACGCAUAGCGAAUCUACUGAUCAAACUGCAUUCCACAACAGAAAAUGUUUCAAUCGAUCCCCUGUUAAUCUUUCAAAUAUUCUCAUUAUUUAUGUUAUUCAUGUUUAGUGCCAUACGAAGUGUCGUUUAAAUAGUACAAGAGAGAUCGCCAAACGUGGCCUGAGUAAGAAAAGAUUUUCUCCGGCGUCGGAAGAUAUUGAAAAAAAAAAUUAAAUAAAGCAACGCGACAGACAUUUGACGCAUCAAAAUUGAUUAACAUCUUGUACCACUAAAUAUUUAUUACAAACAGCAAACGUAUCACUAUCUCUUAAAGUAUUGAUAAAUAAUUAUUGUGAUUUACGUGAACAAAUUUGUAUCCUGAUAUUGUCCAGUUUUAUAACAACAUUAUACAAAACCCGAACGAUACCAAUCAGCAUAAAAUAACAUUCGACAGCAACUAAAACAAAAACUAUUCAUAUUUAUGUGGCAAGAUUCAUGUAGCGAAAGUUAAACAGCAAAUAUCAACAACUACUUUUUGAUAGCAGCAAACAAAUUUAUAGAAACUAUUAAAUUUGGUAUAUACUACUCAAAUCCUAAAAAAAAUCAAUCUAAACUACCGUCGUAAAAUUAAAUAAAGUACAUAGUGGGUAAACUAGAAUCAUUAAACAUGUCGAUUGUGUUAAAUUUCAUCGAAAAUAAUUCAAUUAUAAUUAGAUUUUUAACUUGCAUUCAGCAUGAAAAUCAAAAUAAAAAUAAAAAUCCUUCUGCCCUGUGAUAGUUACUUCCUGACAUUGUACCGAUGCACAAAGAUAAAGAUUAUGUUAUCGUUCUACAAAGCUGUUUUCGAAGGAGAAAUCCUUACUAUUUCCGAUGAAAUGUUGCACAAUUACAGCGACAUACAAAUUUGAUUAUAUCUGAGGUAAAAGUUGAAGACUUGAUUGUCCUACCGGGUCACAUUUUAUCCUAAUGUAAAGAUUGUUCCCGUUUUUUGAUAGAAACAAGAAAUCAUCCAACAAAAUCGGUGUCGUUUUGUUUCGCUAAGAUAAAUCUAACGGAAUACAGUUGCAUUUUUUAAUCAUACAACGGCGAAGGAUCGAACGUAACAAUUCGAAUGAUUCCAAAAUGAUAUGAUCCUGAGAUUACAGUUGCAAAGCGAUUAUUGGAGAUGAUGUAACAACAACAAAACAUUUAAAAAAUCACCCCAUAUGAACAGCAAAACCGAAUGAGCUAAAUAAAAACCAAAAAAGAGAGAUAUAUUUGUCAAAUUGGAUAGAA